AUGUGGACAGCAGGGUUAAUCCUCUGCAUCCUAACUCACGCGGGUUACACAUAUGAGCGAUACGCAAGACCAUUGACCAUUCCGGAACCAGACCAAAAUGGUGUCUACGUAUUCGAUCUGGUUGUGGAAAAAAGGCUGACAAUGUCAUCAAACACUAUCAAUGAGUGGCAACAUGGAACACCUGUGGAUUAUUCGCCAGAUACGGCUUCAUGGACGAAACGAGAACCAGACCAGUUGAAGAGCUGCUUUGAUCAUUACCCUCUCAAUGCCAACAAAAGUCGCCAUGAUGCUUCUAUCCUCAACGACGUCGUGGUACUUGACGGUCUCCAUAGAAGAGUAGUUACCAUCAAUGGCAAGACACCCGGAGACACCAUAGUUGUACCAUAUAUGGCCGAAGUUCUGCUCAGAGUGCACAAUAAAGUCCUCAUGGAUUCGAUCACCAUCCAUGUGCAUGGAAUUGACAAGCAAGGGCUAUGGUACAUGGAUGGUGUUGCAUUUAUCCAGCAAUGCCCCAUCCAAAGCACAAACUACUUUGAAUAUCGUUUCAUCGCCGACAACAAGGGAACGCAUUGGUAUCACGGGCAUUUCCAAACAGACAGGGGUGAUGGUUUGCUUGGAGGCUUUGUGGUUCUUGAUCCUAAGGACAGAGCAGUGGAUUUGGGUAAUGGAGUGGCUAAGGUUCCCAACAGAGAGUACUAUAUGAUGCUACAAGACAUAGCGACCGAAACAACAGAAGAGGCUUUCUUACGUCUGAUGGAGAAGAGCAUGAAGUGGAUGUACGGCUUCGACGACCAUAAGAAAUGUUGGCAACCUACGCGAACCGCAGAUGGAGGAAAUGUUGGUGGUGCCGUACCUAUUUCUGCCUUGACCAUUAACGACAAAGGUUGGCAUAACCGCGCGGAUAUUCUAACCCGUCCGUGGAAUCUGCCAUUGGAGCGCUUUUUGAUCAAGAAAGAUGAAACAGUGCUUUUCCGUAUUACAAACGGAGGAGUCGCACAAGAACUUAUGCUCCACAUCGAAGGCCAUAAGCUGAUUGUAACAGCUGCCGAUGGUGAUGAUUGCGUCUUCCAUGAGGUCGAUCGGCUCAUACUCUUCCCUGGGGAGCGCUACGACGUUGCCAUAAAAGGUCUCAAAAACCCAACGAAGAAGACCUACAUGGCAGUAGUUGAGACUGUACAAUACUACUAUUUCGACUGGACAAGUGUCGAGACUGAUUACGGAGUGGCAUUCUUGGAGUAUGAAGAUGUAAAUAUGCCAGAGGAGAGAUCUCCACCAAGCUUCAUUUACUCGCCUGAAUGCACGGCGGAAAAGCGAUGCACAGUGCUCAACUGCCCAUUUGAGAACUACCCAUCCAACUAUAAUUUCACCUGCCUUUCUUACGACGUGCUGCGCCAUCCUAAGCCGAAGGAGAUCGACCCUGAUAUACUUCGAGACACACCCUUCGAAGAAAACUAUGAGGAACAUUUCAUCAACAUGCAUUACGAUUCGCAUGUGAAUAAAUACAAAUUUGAGUUCCCAUUAGGAAUGCCUUAUUACAACAAGGAUAAGAUGGAUUUGAUAUCUAAGAACUGUGACACUACAAAAUGCACCUCAAGCGACAACAAGUAUGAUAAGAAGUGCAGAUGUUUUGUCAACUUGAAACACAAGCUCAACAGCAUAGUGCAGAUAACAAUGUUCAACAUGGGAAAAGGAGGAGGUUUUGCUACUGGCUAUGCUCAUCCAUAUCACGUCCACUCAACACAUUUCCACGUCAUGAAGGUAGGAUGGCCAAAAUAUAAUGCCAGUGGUAUGAUAACAGAGAUGAACCCUGAUCUUGCUUGCGAUGGAGCAAAUAUGGCAUGUGAUGGUGUAGUGUGGAGGAACAGGAGUUGGAUGAAUGGCGCAGUUCAGGGUAUGAAUACCGUAGAUCCAUCGCUACGAGAUACGGUAUCAGUCCCCGUUGGCGGCUAUGUUGUACUGCGGUUUCGUGCAUCAAACCCUGGCUGGUGGUUUGCUCACUGUCAUCUGGAACUACAUCACAUGAGUGGAACAGCUUAUGCUUUCCAGAUUGGUGAAGAUCAUGAGAUUCCACCUCCUCCAGAUAAUUUCCCGCAUGAUUGUGGGCACUUUAGCAUGCCAUCAGUUAGUUGCCUUCCUUCAGUAACAAUAUAA